AUGCCAUCCAGAAAAAGAAAGAUAGAGCCUGUUGAUGUUUAUGAGGAAGCAUAUCGAGAUGGAGACAAUUCGAAUGCUUUGGUUAUGGAAUCCUCCAAGAAAAAGAAGACCGGAGUAUCCAACAAAUUGGUUACUGCGUCUGGGCAAAAAAUGGAUUUAAAGAAAUCAAAGAAGAUUAAAGAAUUACGCCAGAAGAAAGAACAAAAGCUGACAAAGAACGAGAAACGAGAAUUAAAGAAGUUGGAAGAAAGAAAAAAGGAAAAGAAAACAGUAUGUUUGCUAAGCUAAGCUUAAAACUUUUGGCUAAUUUUAGAGAGCAGAACUUAUAGCAAGUCUCCAAGAUUUCCAGAUGAGUACUGAGUUGACUGCUCAAAUUACACCAACAAUAGCUAAGAAUAGUGCUAAGGUUGUGUGAGUGCUGUAUUUCUUCAUUAUUUAUGUGUUUAGUGAAAAAAAAUUUCCAAAUAAAAUUCGUGCGAAUAACGGAACUCUGGAAGAAGAAAAAACAACUAGGAAAGUGACUGUGCAUUAUGACACUGGAAGUUCUGGAAGUGAAGAUGAGAGCGAAGAGGAGAGAAAGGAAGAGGAAUCAGUGAAAUCGGUCUGCAAAGCACUUCAAGAACCAAAAAUUGAAGAGAAGGUUGAUCUGAGUAUGGUUACAAGGACCGCCCAAGAGAAAGCUCAAGAGUUGAAAGAAAAGGAGGAAAGACGAAAUAAGGAGAAAACUUUCUUUAAAUUACUUGCCAAGAUUAAAGGACAGAAGGUUGUAGUAAAUAGAGAUCCAGGAAUCGAGAAGCAGAGGUCUCAUCUACCAAUUUAUGCGGAGGAACAAAUGUUGGUGGAACAAGUUAACGAGAAUACAGUAAGCGUCUUUUGUUUUUAUUUUUUCUAUUUUAGGUAACAAUAAUAUCGGGUGAAACGGGUUCCGGCAAGACCACGCAAAUUCCUCAAUUUCUUUACGAAUGUGGAUACACAUCUAAUGGCCAUAUGAUUGGAGUCACCGAGCCAAGGAGAGUAGCCGCGAUGAGUAUGUCCGAACGGGUUGGAAGAGAACUUAAUAAUCCUGAGGUGUCUUCCUUCCAGGUAUGCCACUUUUUUACGUUCAAAAAAUUCAUUAUUUAGAUUCGAUUUGAAGGAAAUAGAACUGAGAAAACGAAGAUCUUAUUUAUGACCGAUGGGGUUCUUUUAAAAGAAUUACAGACGGACGUUCAGUUGAAGAAAUACAGUGUGAUCGUCAUUGACGAAGCCCAUGAGAGGUCAAUGUAUAGCGACGUUUUAAUAGGUCUUUUGUCAAGAAUCGCUAUUCAAAGAGCAAAGUCUGGGACCCCGUUGAAAUUAAUUAUUAUGAGUGCUACUUUGAGGAUUUCUGAUUUUAUGCAACCAAGGUAAUCUCUACAAUGUAAAUAGUAACGUUUUAAAAUUACUUUAGGCUUUUCCCAUCUGCAUUACCGAAGCUCAUCAAUGUGGAAUCCCGCCAAUUCCCGGUUACCAUUCAUUUUGAGAAGAAAACUCCUGACGAUUACAUUGCCGCCGCUUAUCAAAAAGUCUGUAAAAUACACGAUAGAUUGCCUGAAGGUGGAAUUUUGGUCUUUGUCAGUGGCCAGAAAGAAGUGCACAGAUUGAUCAAGUUGCUGUCUGCCACUUACCCAACUCCUCAAGGGAGGGAGAAGGUUGAUGGAAAAGAUGACUCUAAUGUAGAUGAAAAAGAAACUGAAGAGCGUCUGGAUGAUGAAGUUGACUUUGAUGAAGCGGGAUUAGGAGAAUGUGACGAAGAUUCGGACGAUGAGGAGGAAAAAGAUGAAUAUGCACUCACGGCACCUAAGUUGGAUUAUGCUAAGAAGGGUCCGUUGUAUUGUCUUUCGUUGUAUUCAAUGAUGCCUUCUCAUCUUCAACAUAAGGUGUUCGAAGAUCCUCCUGAAGGACACAGGUAAGCAUUCUUUCUUUUAAAUGGGUGUUUUCUUUUUAGGCUAUGUGUGGUUGCCACAAAUGUCGCUGAAACUUCCUUGACAAUUCCAAAUAUACGAUAUGUAGUGGAUACAGGGAAGGAGAAAAGGCGGGAUUAUGACCCCAUUACCGGGGUUUAUCAGUUCAAUGUGUCCUGGAUAUCCCAGGCUUCAGCGAGUCAGAGAUCUGGCCGUGCUGGUCGUGUUUCGGCAGGCCAUGCUUAUCGUUUAUAUUCUUCCGCAGUCUUUGAGGAUUUCUCCAAAUUCCCUCCUCCAGAGAUUCUUCACAAGCCGAUCGAUCAAGUUGUACUUCAUUUGAAGGCGAUGAAUAUAAAGAAAGUCGGUAAUUUUCCAUUCCCAACACCUCCAGAAAAGGAUCAGAUCCAAAUGGCUGAAGAACGGCUUCGGAAGGUUGGGGCUGUAGAGACAAAACCGGGUCAGGUAUGGUUUACUCAUUGAUAACUUCAUCUAAGACGGUUAUAUGAUGCCAAUAAUUAUAGGACGUCUCUUCAAUUACGACUUUGGGCAGAACGUUAUUGGCUUUUCCGUUGGCCCCGCAUUUUGGAAAGAUGAUUGUCCUUUCGAACCAACAUUCUGUGAUGCCCUUUAUGGUCACCUUGAUAUCAGCUCUUACAGUUAGGGAACCCAUGAUUAACAUUGCGUCCAUGGAAGGGUCUGACAAUGUUGAAACCCAGGAAUUAAUGGUGAUGUUGUUGAGGAAGCGAAGACAGUGGAGCAAAAUGGGCCAGACAAAGAGAUUCGGAGAUCUGAAUGUUCUUCUGAGGGCUUUGGGGACUGCCGACUUCGAGAAAUUAGAUCGAGGUGGCUGUGUUAAGGUGGGGUUGCGAUACGAAGCUGUCAGAGAGGUCAGGAAGAUGCGAAGGCAGUUAACACUGCUCAUAAACAAGUCACUGAAGUUAAAGGAGCCUUUAGUAUUGGACCCGGAGGCGAAACCGCCAACUGAGACUCAAGUUAAAAUCAUGCGGUAACUAUUAUUAUGAUAACUUCAUUAUUCUUGCCUUAGGCAGAUAUUUGUGGUUUGCCAACAAGAACAAAUAGCCAGAAAAGUGAAGGGGAAAGAGAUUCCGAAGGGCGCUUACCAGACUCAGAAGUUGAAGGAGUUUGUUUUCAUCGAUCCCGCAUCGGUAUUGGUGAAAGAAGAACCCGAAUUUGUUUUAUAUCAAGAAAUCGUACAAUUAGAUGGACAAAUGAAGAUGCAGAUGGUUCUCGAAGUUGAGCCAGACUGGAUGAAUACGAUAGCUAAGGAUGUCAAGUUCCCUCAGCUGAACCAGAAGACGGAAUAA